CUCGUGCUCUGAUCCGUCAGAGUUAAACUGGAGUCUCGUCUGUCCACACUGAGCGGCUUCACUAUGAACACACAGGUUAUUUACUAACCGCCUGUGCAGCGCCAAGCGUCUGUUUUCAAAGAUUUUGAGAUGAAGAAGGACAUUGAUACUCUAAUAGCUGAAGAACGGGCUGAGAUCAUCAAAAAAUAUGAGAAGGGCAGGCAUGAGGGUGUGCACAUUAACCCCUGGGAGGAUGCCGACUACAGCAUCUACAAGGUCACAGACCGCUUCGGUUUCCUGCAUGAAGAGGAACUGCCAACACCAACCGCGGUGGAGGAGAAGUACAAACUCCAGGAGGUUGAAAGAGAGGAAAAAUGGGUUAAGAUGGUGAAAAAGUGGGACAAGUACUGCAACGGUGAAAAGAUGAUGAAGCGGGUAUACAAGGGGAUUCCCUUGAAGCUGCGCGGUCAAGCCUGGGCUCUGCUGCUGGAUGUGGAAAAGGUGAAAGAGGCAAAUUACAGGAAGUACGAGAAAAUGAAGGAACAAGCCAAGAAGUAUUCGACAGAAAUUAAGCAGAUUGAUCUUGAUGUCAACAGGACCUUUAGAAACCAUAUCAUGUUCAUGGAUCGCUUUGGGGUCAAACAGCAAGCCCUGUUCAAUGUGCUGGCAGCGUAUUCAGUCUACAACACGGAAGUGAGCUACUGUCAGGGCAUGAGUCAGAUCGCUGCCAUUCUGCUCAUGUACAUGAAUGAGGAAGAUGCAUUCUGGGCCUUAUCACAGCUACUGACCAAUCAGAAACAUGCCAUGCAUGGCUUCUUCAUCCCAGGGUUUCCCAAACUCCAGCGUUUUCAGGUUCAUCAUGACAAAAUACUGUCUAAACUCCUUCCCAAAAUCAGGAAACACUUGGAUAAGGAACAGAUGUCCACUGGUAUCUACACAACCAAAUGGUUCCUUCAGUGUUUUAUUGACAGGACACCCUUCACACUCACCCUGCGUCUUUGGGACAUCUACAUAUUAGAGGGAGAAAAAGUUCUAACCGGCAUGGCCUAUACUCUCCUCAAAUUGCACAAAAAGCAUCUUCUGAAGAUGUCUCUGGAGGACCUGAGGGAGUUUCUGCAGGAGCGUAUUGCUUCCUCCUCCACUAUGAGCGACGAUGCCGUUAUUGAGCAGCUACAGUCGUCUAUGACAGAACUCCGCAGGAUGAAGCUCGACCUCCCUCCUCCAGCCAAGGGAGAUGAGUUCCCAAAGAUACCCCUGGGUGAGGAGCGUCCAAUAGUACUGCUUCCAGUAAUCAAGACCGAGUGUGUACCCUUACCGCCAUCAGCACACAACAAUCAAACCUCAACCAAGCUUCAGGCGAAAGACACCACCACCCACAAGCAGAGCAGCGAAAAACACAUCCCUACCAUUACCUCAUCUUCCCCUCUUUCAAAGCUCACCCACUCAACUUCAAACUCUUCGCUGUCACAAACUUCACCUGAAGAACCAGGGAUCACGGUGAAGAAUGAAGACAGUGCACCUGUACAAAGACCAGAUCAUCUACUACACCCAAAACCUGCACCAUUUUCAGCAGAGACUCUUUCGUUGAAGAAUGAAUGUGUUAGUAGACCCCUAUCAGCGGUGUCUGAAGAUUGGCCUCCUCCGUACCAGUCACCCAUAACAGAUUCUUCCAGUAUCAACUCUUUGAAUCUCCCAGAAUUACCUCCUCCACCUCUUCCCUGUACUGAUGAAGGGGUCGAGCUUUCACCUCUAGAAGAGGAUGUCCCAUUUUGCCUUCCUCCACCACCAAUUGCCCAACCUUUGGAUCUCAUCUUAGAAGAUCCUUCUUCAUCACCUUCCUCGUAUAGAUCCCAUCGGCAGCUAAGCAAGUUUCCGGUCAACCUGUAUGUCCCGCCAUCAUCAGGUGACCGGAGACCUUCCAACACCUCGCAUUACGACAACCUCUCAGAAGAGGAGGAUCUGUCUGUGGAGAGGCUGUUGGAGAUGGCGGCCACAUUGCCGCAAAACCCAAACUUGGGUCUCAUGAACACCACCCUUCCCCUUCCUCCAGAUGAUGCUGUGUCUCUUCCUCUACCGCCCCCAUCUAUGUUCUUCUACACGCCCGACUCUUCACCACUCCCUCCACCUCUUCCAUGCAUUGAGGCGGCAAAGAGUUGGGUGACUCCAGACUGCAUUUUUCCCCAACCACCAAUUGACUUCGCAGAUAAACCCAUCCUCGUAUCUUCAGUCCCGUGCAGUCAGGUGGAUUUAAACCAGACUGAACAAGAUAGGGGUCAGUCACAGCUCCCAGGACUACCGCCCAAAAAAUCACGACCCACAAUGCUCUCUCCUGUACACUCUGAUUCAGACUUCUACCGAAUGCAUGUUCCAAGUCAUUAGUUGCUGGAAUCACACUUAUACGGCAAGUACUGUUGUUAGUGUGAACUGAAGGCGUGUUUCCAUCGUUUGGACUUUUGUGCUUUUAUAUUAACUUUUUUUUUUACCAUUUAGAUGUUGCAAUUAUUUUCUUAUGUUGCAAUGUGUGUUACAUUUGGCAGAUCUAAACAGGAUGUUAGAAUGUGUGUGUUUUAUCAUACAAAUUUGUUGUAACGAAAUCCCCUUUUCAUCUAGUUGUAGCAGUUAUCAGAAUCACCUUUUAGUUAGUUGAGCAACCAGUUUUCCAGGGAGUCAUCAUGUGGUUUGAAGUGAUAUCUUUAAUCGGUGUAGUAAUUGAGAUGUACUGAUAUUUCCACUGGUCAUCACAGAAAAUGUGACAGGCAACAUUAUUUUGUUUGUGACUAUUUAUAUGUUGUUUUCUGGGAGAUAUUAUGUUCCUUGUCAGAUCUAUACUGUCAGAUCAGUACUAUAGUGGGACUUGUUUUCAUCUUGAUGAAAGGCAAAAAAUUAGAUCAGUUAUUGUCAUUAUUUUUUUGUCUUGUUUUGUUGGUUGGUUUUAUAUCUUGGUGCAGUUGUGUUGUUUUUGUUUCUUUUUAAACUUUGGUUAUAUUAAGAAAAUGCAUCUAAAGGAUGCACAUCAACAUUAAAUAUGAAGAUGUUUUGGAAAUGUAAACAAGGAUCUUAAGACACUGGCAUAAGUUCCCUGGUUACAUUGAAAGGACAUUUUUCAGCGGUCUUAGAUUUGCUCAAAAAGGAAAUUCCUUCAUCAAACCUUAAUGCUGUGUACUGCCCUAUAGCGCCAUCUUGUGGAGGAUUAUAGCAUAACUUGGUAAAAAAUUAUUUACUGGGAAAUACAGUCGCCACACUGAAUGUUAAAAUGAAGAAACUGUAUAUUCAAGGUCAUUGUAUAGCUUUAUUGUGUAAUUGUAAAUAGAACAGGUUUGAUUUGCACUUUGUUGUUUGUAGUAAGAGCUUAUGAUAUUUAAUUGCGUUUAUAUUAUUAUUCUCAGGUUAAAUGGUCUUAAUGUUCA